CUCGUCCCAGCCCCGGGACGUAGCCGAGCCCGGCUGGCAACCCCAGCCCCAGCCGCGGCCGCCCCGGGGACGCAGACGCCAAGGCCCCUCCGGCCAGGGCCGGGAGCCGGGCCGGCCUAGCCAGUUCUGAGAGCCCCAUGGCCCCAGCAGGCCUCUGAGCCCCACCAUGGGCAGCUUGUACUCGGAGUACCUGAACCCCAACAAGGUCCAGGAACACUAUAAUUAUACCAAGGAGACGCUGGAAACGCAGGAGACGACCUCCCGCCAGGUGGCCUCGGCCUUCAUCGUCAUCCUCUGUUGCGCCAUUGUGGUGGAAAACCUUCUGGUGCUCAUUGCGGUGGCCCGAAACAGCAAGUUCCACUCGGCAAUGUACCUGUUUCUGGGCAACCUGGCCGCCUCCGAUCUACUGGCAGGCGUGGCCUUCGUAGCCAAUACCUUGCUCUCUGGCUCUGUCACGCUGAGGCUGACGCCUGUGCAGUGGUUUGCCCGGGAGGGCUCUGCCUUCAUCACGCUCUCGGCCUCUGUCUUCAGCCUCCUGGCCAUCGCCAUUGAGCGCCACGUGGCCAUUGCCAAGGUCAAGCUGUAUGGCAGCGACAAGAGCUGCCGCAUGCUCCUGCUCAUCGGGGCCUCGUGGCUCAUCUCGUUGGUCCUCGGUGGCCUGCCCAUCCUUGGCUGGAACUGCCUGGGCCACCUCGAGGCCUGCUCCACUGUCCUGCCUCUCUACGCCAAGCAUUAUGUGCUGUGCGUGGUGACCAUCUUCUCCAUCAUCCUGUUGGCCAUCGUGGCCCUGUACGUGCGCAUCUACUGCGUGGUCCGCUCAAGCCACGCUGACGUGGCCGCCCCGCAGACGCUAGCCCUGCUCAAGACGGUCACCAUCGUGCUAGGCGUCUUUAUCGUCUGCUGGCUGCCCGCUUUCAGCAUCCUCCUUCUGGACUAUGCCUGUCCCGUCCACUCCUGCCCGAUCCUCUACAAAGCCCACUACUUUUUCGCCUUCUCCACCCUGAAUUCCCUGCUCAACCCCGUCAUCUACACGUGGCGCAGCCGGGACCUGCGGCGGGAGUCCUGCACCGAUUUCUCCUUUUCGAAUGUAUUCCUCCUGCCACCUUCUCUGGGCAACUUCGUGCGACUACAGAACCACUGUCCUGAGGAGCUAGAGGCCUCCUCUCUGACCAUCCAGAGCCCAAAUCCACAGCUUCCCCAAAUUUCAUCAGCUGCCACUUGACGACUUCUCCCCGUCUCUCUGAGGCCCGGAAACCACGGCUGGAGGUGGGGAGGGGAUGGCGGCUGAGGUCCAUUCCUCAUUCUCAGACCUCAUUGCUCAGUUGCACUAUUUGGGGCACAGAAUAAUCACCAAAAGUGAGAAAAACGAGUUUGGGUGGCUGGGGAGGACUUUGGGACUCUUGAUGCAAGGCGCAACUUGAGAAAAUUCUGGGUGUGAUAUUUGCACAGACACCCUCCUUUCAAAAACAGCCACCCCCCAAGCUAUUCUCAGCUCCACACCUGCAGCCCCAGCUAAGGUACCAGGUCUCCUGAGCAAGGCAGAGAGAAGCCUUGAGCCUUCUCUGUGCCUUCUUUCAAGAACCCCGCUGUGUCUUCUUUCAAGAUUUUUUUUUUGAGACAGUUUCAAGAUUUUUGUUUUGUUUUUGAGAUGGAGUCUCACUGUGUCACCCAGGCUGAGGUGGCAGUGGUUCAAUCUCCGUUCACUGCCACCUCCACCUCCCGGGUUCAAGCGAUUCUCCUCCUUCAGCCUCUCGAGUAGCUGGGACUACAGGCACCUGCCACCAUGUCUGGCUAAUUUUUGUAUUUUUAGUAGAGACAGGGUUUCACUACGUUGGCCAGGCUGGUCUCAAACUCCUGACCUCAAGUGAUCCGCCCGCCUCGGCCUCCCCAAUUGCUGGGAUUACAGGCGUGAGCCACUGUGCCCGGCCUUCUUCUUUCAAGUUAUAUAGAAUGGAGCAUGGGGGUGGCAGUGGCUAGGGACAUUUCCUGGGGACACUCUCCCCUAACACCCCAGAAGGACUUCACAAAAACCUGUGGAUAAUGGAAGGGAUGUUACGGUACAAACGUAUAUUUAUGUGUGUGUGUGUGUGUGUAUGUGUGUGCGCGCGCGCGUGUGCACAUAGGCGUGAUGUCUGUGACCCUCCUCUCCUCGUCACAUUUCCCCCAGAAUGAAUGCUGUCCUGUCUGCUCAUGUUUGUGUUGAAGCUGCCAAAGUCGGGGAGCUCUGGUCCUGCCCAGACCCCUUUGGAAUUGCUGGCCCAUCCUCCCACUGGAGAGCUGGGGUGCAGCUCACCUUGGGGAAGGAAACCUCAUGCCUCAGAGUAAUUUGUUGUGAAUGCAAAGCCUGGGGGAGCGGGUCUUUGGGGGGCAAGGAGCCAGUCAGGGGCUUGUUUCCCCUCAUAGAGCUCCCCAGACGUGCCUCCGCAAUGCCUGAAACCCAGACCUAGGCUAAUAAACGGUUCAAUUUCUGUU